AUGGCGAUCCAAGAUGGUACCUCCGAUCCGAUCAUCACGCGCAUGGUCGCGGAAGACAAGGUGCCAUGGUACAAGAAGCCCAAUCUCAGGUACAUGUACCUUUGGCUGUUUUUAUGCUGCAUGGGUGUGGAAAUGACAUCUGGUUUCGACUCGCAACUGAUCGGCACACUACAAUUCUCACAGCCAUUCAAUAAAUACUUUGGCGAUGGCUACCAGACCCUCAACUCCAAAAAAGAGCUGCAGUGGGACAUUAAGCCAGGCAUCCUGGGCUUCAUCUCAUCAUGCUAUCAGCUUGGCUCUAUCGUCGCAGUCCCAAUCGCACCAUGGCUCAACCAGAGAUACGGAAGACGUUGGUCAAUCAUGGUCGGCUCUGUCACCAUGGUCAUUGGAGCAAUCCUACAAGGUUUCGCUCAGCAUAUCGGUAUGUACAUCAUCGCUCGUAUGCUUCUCGGCGUUGGCAUCCUCUUUGCCAUUAUCUCAGGAUCCGCCCUCAUCGGAGAACUCGCCUAUCCUAAGGAGCGUGCAACUAUGACCUCGCUCUUCAACGCCUCGUACUUUAUCGGGUCCAUUCUCGCCGCAUCUAUUGCGAUCCGCACUAGUGGUAUUGCAGGAGACUGGAGUUGGCGUCUUCCUUCGCUGCUCCAGAUCUGCCCCUCUAUGUUGCAGAUCUGCACCGUCUUCCUCCUACCUGAGAGUCCCCGUUGGUUGAUCAGCAAGGACCGCGAUGACGAGGCGUUUGCUGUCCUCACCAAGUACCACGCCGAGGGUGACGCCGACUCUAUCCUCGUCAAAGCAGAGAUGGCGCAGAUCCGCUCGACUAUCAAGCUUGAAAUGGAGCACUCUAGCCAGUCCUGGCUUGACCUUUUCAAGACCCCCGGUAUGCGUCGCCGAACCCUCAUUGCUGGUUUCCUUGGCCUCUUCACCCAGAUGAGCGGCAACACUCUCCUUUCGUACUACCAGAACCUGCUGUUCGGUCUCAUUGGCUACACCAGCAACUACGCAAAAACACGUAUCAACAUCGCGAACCAGUGCUGGUCUUUCAUGAACGCGAUGGUCAUCGCCCUUAUCGUAACACGCUUCCGACGCCGCUGGAUGUUCAUGCUGUCCGCUGGCUCCAUGACGCUCGUCUUCAUGAGCAUGACGAUCUGCUUCCAGCGCCUCGAGCUCGCUCGAGAUGCCGGCUUCACCAACAAAUCCGCUCAGUACGCCGCGCUGUUCUUCUACUUCGCCUACUCGCCCUGCUACAACAUUGGCAACAACUCGCUCACAUACACGUACCUCGUGGAGCUGUUCCCGUACGCCCAGCGCUCCAUGGGUAUUGGCUUCGAGCAGAUUUUCGGCAAGCUGGGAGGCUUCUUCAGCAUCAACGUUAACCCGAUUGCGAUGAAGGCGAUCAGCUGGAAGUACUUCGCCAUCUACUGCGGCUGGAUCACAUUCGAGUUCUGCUUUGUGUACUUCAUGUACCCCGAGACGUACAACCGCACGCUCGAGGAACUCACGUUCUUGUUCGAAGACAAGGCCCUUGCCGACGAGGCCGUCAAGGCGGUGGAGAAGCAGGUCAACAGCGCGCAUCUGGAUGGCGAGGAGCAUGGGAACAAGUCGCACGUCACAGCCGUCGAGCGGGCUCUCUAG